CACAAUUUCAAAGUGGAGCCCCUGAGUCUCCCCCACCCCCAGCAUCCCUGGGAAGUCCCUAAAUUUUUUACUAGCAAGGAAAUUGAGGCUCAGAAAGAGAAGGUGGCUUGUCUGGAGUCCACCUUAAUUUGAGGUACAGCCUGAGGGUGGAAAAAUAUCAGAGGCUCAGAGUGUCUGGCUGUGGCCUGGGGCACAUGCACUCCCCCACCGAGCACACAGACACACGCGAGCACGCACGCACACACAUGAGUAUGCACACACACAUGCAUAUACACACACACACAAGAAGGGUAGGAAGGGGACUGUUUCCAGGGAGAGCUGGCCUCUGAGGGGAUUGUGCAAUGUGCAGGCAGGUCCAAUCUGGUUCCGAGCAGCUGGUGCCCCAGGGCACGGACCGAGAUAAAGCCUCCCCAGCCCCACGGGCCUCAUUCUAGCUGUCUGGGCUGCCUUGGACAUAUCGACGCCUGGCUGCUGGAGACUGAAGUGUGGGGCGGGGAAGCCCAGCACUGGCCUUUCUGCUCACCUGCCGCAGCAUUGCCUUCCCCAGACCCAAGCCUCACAGCCCCCCAAAGGUGACCUGGGGGGCAGCACCAUGCUGCUGCCUGCCUUCCUCUUUGGGAUGGCAUGGGCCCUGGCUAACGGGCGGUGGUGUGAACAUACAGAAACCUUCCUGGUGGAGGAGGAAGUGACCCCCCGCCAGGAAGACCUGGUGCCCUGCACCAGCCUCUACCAUUACCAGCGCCUGGGCUGGCAACUGGAUCUGUCCUGGAGUGGACGUGCCGGGCUCUGUCCCAUCUACAAGCCCCCAGAAACCCGGCCCGCUGCAAGGAACCGGACAGUAAGGGCUUGCUGCCCAGGCUGGGGGGGCACCCACUGCACGCUGGCCAUCACAGCCCUUGCAGGAGCCAGCCCUGGGGGCCACUGCUUUGCCACGCAGCAGUGCCAGCCGCAAGCAGGCUCAGCUAAUGCUUCUGCAGGAAGCCUGGAGGAGUGCUGUGCUUGGCCUUGGGGACACAGCUGGCGGGAUGGCAGCUCCUGGGCCUGCCUCAGCUGCUCUAGCCGACACCUCCCAGGCAACACUGCCGCGCCAGCCCUCCUGCAGCCCCUGGCGGGGGCCGUGGCCCAAUUCUGGAGCCAGCGCCAGCAGCUGUCGGCCACCUGCGCCACCUGGUCAGGCUUCCACUACCGAACCUUUGAUGGGCGCCACUACCACUUCCUGGGUCGCUGCACUUACCUGCUGGCGGGGGCCGCUGAUGCCACCUGGGCUGUCCACCUCACGCCCAGGGGGCAUUGCCCCCAGCCGGAGCACUGUCAGCUGGCCCGAGUAAUGAUGGGACCGGAGAAAGUGCUGAUCCAGGGCAAAAACGUCUCUGUGAACGGGAAGCUGGUACCUGAUGCGGAGUCUCAGCUGCUCCAGGGGCUAAGCCUGCAGUGGCAAGGGGACUGGCUGGUGCUGUCAGGUGGCCUGGGGGUCACUGUGCGCCUGGACAGAUCCAGUUCGGUCUCCAUUUCUGUGGACUAUGAGCUCCAGGGACAAACUCAAGGUCUCUGUGGAGUCUACAAUGGCCAGCCUGAGGAUGACUUUCUGGAGCCUGGAGGGAGACUGGCUGUGUUAGCUGCCACCUUUGGGAAUUCCUGGAGGCUCCCUGACUCAGAGCCUGGGUGUCUGGAUUCCGUGGAGGCAGCCCAGGGCUGUGAGGACCACCCGACCGGCACAGAGGCAGGCAUGGAGGCUGAAGCCCAGGAUGUGUGCCACCAGCUGCUGGACAGUCCAUUCAGGGAAUGCCAUGCCCAGGUUCCCCCUGCUGAGUACCACCAGGCCUGCCUCUUUGCCUACUGUUCUGGGGCCCCAGCAGGCAGUGGGCGAGAGGCCCGUCGGGAAGCCGUGUGCACCACCUUGGCCAACUAUGCCCAGGAGUGUGCCAAGCAGCAUAUCCAUGUGGGCUGGAGGAAGCCAGGCUUCUGCGAGCGUCUGUGUCCUGGGGGCCAACUGUACUCGGACUGCACCUCGGCCUGCCCACCCAGCUGCUCGGCAGUGGGUGAAGGAGGGGAGGGGUCCUGCCGGGAAGCGUGCGUGAGCGGCUGCGAGUGCCCGCCCGGCCUCUUCUGGGACGGCGCCCUCUGUGUGCCUGCGGCCCGCUGCCCCUGCUACCACCGGCGCCGGCGCUACGCCCCGGGGGACACCGUGCGCCAGCUGUGCAACCCGUGCGUGUGCCAGGACGGUCGCUGGCUCUGCGCGCAGGCGCCGUGCCCAGCCGAGUGCGCGGUGGGCGGGGACGGCCAUUACCUCACCUUCGAUGGGCGGAGCUUCUCCUUCCGCGGCAGCCAGGGUUGCCGCUCCAGCCUGGUGCAGGACUUGAAGGGGCAGCUGCUGAUUGUGCUGGAGCACGGGGCCUGUGACACUGGGAGCUGCCUGCACGCCGUCUCUGUCUCCCUGGGGGACACCCACAUCCAGCUCAGAGACUCAGGGGCUGUGCUCAUCGAUGGGCAGGAUGCGGGCUUGCCUUGGAGUGGGCCUAAGGGCCUCAGGGUCUCCCGCGCCUCCUCCGCCUUCCUACUGCUGCGCUGGCCUGGGGCCCAGGUCCUCUGGGGAGUGUCUGACCCUGCAACCUACAUCACUCUGGACCCCCGCCAUGCCCACCAGGUGCAGGGUCUGUGUGGCACCUUCACCUGGAACCAGCAGGAUGACUUCCUGACACCUGCUGGCGACGUGGAGACCAGCAUUGCAGCCUUUGCUAGCAAGUUCCAGGCAGCAGGCGAGGGAAGGUGCCCCUCAGAAGACAGCGCCCCACUUUCCCCCUGCGGCACCCACACUCAACGCCACAUUUUUGCAGAGGCAGCUUGUGCUGUCCUGCGUGGCCCAACCUUCCAGGAAUGCCAAGGCCUGGUGGACAGGGAGCCCUUCCACCUGCGCUGCUUGGCAGCCGUGUGCGGCUGUGCUCCUGGCAAGGACUGCCUGUGCCCUGUGCUCGCUGCCUUUGCUCGUCGCUGUGCCCGGGAGGGUGCCCUGUCUCUCUGGAGGACCCAGACACUCUGCCCUGUCCUGUGUCCUGCGGGCCAGGAGUACCAGGAGUGUGCCCCAGCAUGUGGUCAAAACUGCGGGGAGCCAGAAGACUGUGGGGAGCUGGGCAGCUGUGUGGCUGGUUGUAACUGCCCCCCAGGACUGCUGUGGGACCCCGAGGGCGAGUGCGUGCCCCCCAGCUUGUGCUCCUGCCAGCUUGGAACUCGUCGCUAUGCCCCUGGCAGUGCCACCAUGAAGGAUUGCAACCACUGUGUCUGCCAGGAGAGGGGCCUCUGGAAUUGCUCUGCUCACCGCUGUGGUCCCCAGCAGACAUUCUGCCCCCGUGACCUUGUCUACAUCCCUGGUGCCUGCCUUCUCACCUGUGACAGCCCUGGUGCCAGCCACCCCUGCCCCCCGGACAGCACAGGGAACUGUGUCUGUCCCCCGGGCACCGUGCUGCUGAACGAGCGCUGUGUGUCUCCUGAGCUCUGCCCCUGCCGUCACGGCGGGCAGUGGUAUCCGCCCAACGCUACCAUCCAGGAGGACUGCAACAUUUGCGUAUGUCAGGGGCGGCAGUGGCACUGCACCAGCCACCAGUGCGGCGGAUGGUGCCAGGCGUCUGGUGCCCCCCACUAUGUGACCUUCGAUGGGCUGGCUUUCACCUUCCCUGGAGCCUGCGAAUAUCUGCUGGUGCGAGAGGCCAGCGGCCGGUUCACCGUCUCUGCCCAGAACCUGCCCUGUGGGGCCAGCGGCCUCACCUGCACCAAGGCGCUGACCGUGCAGCUACAGAGCACUGCUGUGCACAUGCUCAGAGGCCGGGCAGUGACGGUGAAUGGGGUGAGCAUAACACUCCCCAAGGUCUACACGGGCCCGGGGCUGAGCCUGCGUCGCGCUGGUCUCUUCCUGCUGCUCACGACCCGCCUGGGCCUCAGCCUACUCUGGGAUGGAGGCACCCGGGUCCUGGUGCAGCUGUCCCCAAAGUUCCGUGGCCGUGUGUCUGGGCUGUGUGGAGAUUUUGAUGGAGAUGCCAGUAAUGACCUGCGGAGCCGCCAGGGGGUCCUGGAACCCACAGCUGAGCUGGCUGCCCACUCCUGGCACCUGAGUCCGCUCUGCCCCGAGCCAGGAGACUUGCUACACCCCUGCACCGUGAACGCCCACCGGGCCAGCUGGGCGCACGCCCGCUGCGGGGUGCUGCUGCAGUCGCUCUUUGCCCGGUGCCAUGGAGAGGUGCCCCCACAGCAGUACUACGAGUGGUGUGUGCAUGAUGCCUGCGGCUGCGAUUCGGGGGGCGACUGUGAGUGUCUCUGCUCGGCCGUUGCCACCUAUGCAGACGAGUGUGCCCGGCAUGGGUUCCACGUGCGCUGGCGCAGCCAGGAGCUCUGCCCUCUGCAGUGUGAAGGGGGCCAGGUGUACGAGGCCUGUGGCCCCGUGUGUCCCCCCACCUGCCAUGACCAUGGUCCUGAGCCGGGGUGGGACUGCCAGGAUGUCGCCUGUGUGGAGGGCUGCUUCUGCCCCGAGGGGACUCUGCUGCAUGGAGGAGUCUGCUUAGAACCCGCUUCCUGCCCCUGCGAGUCAGGGGGCGGCUUCUUCCCGCCGGGGACUGUGCUGCAGAAGGACUGUGGCAACUGCACAUGCCAGGAAAGUCAGUGGCUUUGCGGGAGCGCCGGGACGCACUGUGAGGAGCCGGCGCCUGGCUGUGUGGAGGGGGAGGCCCCGUGCCAGGAGAGUGGGCACUGUGUGCCCCACACAUGGCUUUGUGACAACCAGGAUGACUGUGGCGAUGGCUCAGACGAGGAGGGCUGUGCCACCCCAGGCUGUGGGGAGGGGCAGAUGUCUUGCAGCUCCGGCCACUGCCUGCCCCUGGCCCUGUUCUGUGACGGGCAGGAUGACUGCGGAGACGGGACGGACGAGCAGGGCUGCCCAUGCCCCCACGGCUCACUGGCUUGCACUGACGGGCGCUGCCUGCCUCCAGCCCUGCUCUGUGACGGGCAUCCCGACUGUCCUGACGCCGCAGAUGAGGAGGCCUGUCUGGGGCAGCUGAACUGCACUCCUGGGGAGGUGUCCUGUGUGGAUGGCACUUGCGUGGGGGCCAUCCUGCUGUGUGAUGGAAUCUGGGACUGCCCAGAUGGAGCCGACGAGGGACCUGGUCACUGUCCCUUCCCUUCGCUGCCCACUCCCCCAGCUGGCACUCUGCCUGGCCCUUCUGCUGGCUUUGGGGAGACUGCACCCACUCCCCUGGCCAGCACCAGCCCUGGUGAGUGUCCUGGAGGAGCAGCGGUGAGAGAAAGCUCGAGUCCGGAGCCUGCGAAACGGGGUGGAGAGAGCAUCUCAGAGGGAGGCACUAGGGCAGGUGCUGGGGGCGGGUGNCCGACGGCAGCGACGAGCGCGGCUGCGCCUGGCCCUGCGCCCCGCACCACGCGCCCCUGCGCCCGCGGCCCGCACUGCGUGUCCCCGGCGCAGCUGUGCGACGGCGUGCCGCACUGCCCCGAUGGCUCGGACGAGGGCCCCGAAGCCUGCGAGGGGAUGACAGCCCCAGGAGGCCCCAACAGGACCAGGGUUCCCUGCCCGGAAUACUCCUGCCCUGAUGGCCUCUGCAUCAGUUUCCAGCUGGUGUGUGAUGGGCAGCCUGACUGUGGAUUUGCAGGGGAGCUAGGGCCUUCCCCAGAAGAGCAGGGCUGUGGGGCCUGGGGCCCCUGGAACUCAUGGGGGCCAUGCAGCCGGACGUGUGGGCCUGGGGUGCAGGGCCGGAGCCGCCACUGCUCCCCCCCUGAUCUCCCGGUGCUGCAGCACUGCCUAGGCCCUGAGCACCAGACUCAGGCCUGCUUCACGGCUGCCUGCCCAGUGGAUGGCGAAUGGACCUCCUGGUCUUCCUGGUCCCCGUGCACUGAGCCAUGCGUGGGCACCACGACCCGUCAGCGACAGUGCCACCAACCCCAGAAUGGGGGCCGGACCUGUGCCAUGCUGCCAGGGGGCCCUCCCACCACCCACCAGACCAGGCCCUGCCCUCAAGAUGGCUGCCCCAAUGCCACCUGCUCCGGGCCGUUGGUGUUCUGGCCCUGUGCCCCCUGCCCUCUGACUUGUGACGAAAUCUCGGCUCAGGCUGUGUGCGAGGCUAACCGGCCCUGCAGCAACCCAGGCUGCUGGUGCCCUGCAGGCCAGGUGCUGGGCAGCGACGGGCGGUGUGUGUGGCCCCGGCAGUGCCCCUGCCUGCUGGAUGGCACCCCGUACAGGCCUGGCCAACGCAUCAAGGCUGACUGCCAGCUCUGCACCUGCCAGGACGGGCGACUCCAGCGCUGUCGGCCCGACCCAGACUGUGCCGUGAACUGUGGCUGGUCCUCCUGGUCCCCCUGGGCUGAGUGCUUGGGCCCCUGUGGGAGCGAGAACAUUCAGUGGUCCUUCCGGAGCCCCAACAACCCCCGCCUCUCCGGCCAAGGUCGCCAGUGCCGGGGCAUCCGCCGCAAAGCCCGCAGGUGCCGGACGGAGCCCUGUGCGGGUUGUGAGCAGCAGGGCCAGCCCCGAGCCGUGGGGGAGCGCUGGCGAGAGGGCCCCUGCGGAGUCUGCCAGUGUCUGCACAACAGCACCGUGCGCUGCUCCCCCUACUGCCCACUGGGCAGCUGCCCCCAGGACUGGGUCCUGGUGGAGGGAGUGGGAGGCUCCUGUUGCCACUGCGCCCUGCCUGGUGAAAACCAGACGGUCCACCCCCUGGCCACUCCUGCCCCCUCUCUAGCCCUCAGUGCCCAGAUCGGAUCGCCUCUGGUUGCCUAUGUUCUGCCUCCGCCUGGAGACCCCUGCUAUUCUCCGCUGGGCUUGGCCCUACUCCCUGAGGGAAGCCCGAAGCUGGAGUCCCCUAUCCAGGCUGCCCUCCUGGGUGCUCCCACCAAGAGGCCUGGUUUUCUGGGUCAGAGCACUCAGCGGCGUACCCGGCCCCCCUACCUGCAGCUGGACCUGCUGCUGCCCCGGAACCUCACUGGCAUCAUAGUGCAGGGGGCUGGGUCCUCAGCCUUCCUUCAGUUCAGCAGCGAUGGUCUACACUGGCACAACUAUACUGACAUCCUGCCUGGUAUCCUGCCCCCAGCCAAGCUUUUCCCUAGGAACUGGGGUGACGGGGCCCCCACAGUGCAGACAUUUGGCCAGAUGGUGCAGGCGCAGCACGUCCGGGUGUGGCCGCACGUCCCCCGCCGUGACCCCAACCAGAGCAUCCCCCUGCGGGUGGAGCUGCUGGGCUGUGAGCCAGUGUCCCCGCUGGCUGCGCCCCCGUGCCCAGGGGGUGGGCACCGCUGUGCCAGUGGCGAGUGUGCUCCACGGGGGGAGCCGUGUGACGGGGCGAAGGACUGUGAGGAUGGCUCCGAUGAGGAGGGCUGCGUGCCCCUGCCCGCAGCCACCGGCAGAGUCUGGUCCACAGCCAGGACCCCCGCGCUCUCCUCCGCCCAGCCUGGACAGCUGCCCCGCCGGCCCACGGAGGGUCUGGCAGAGGCUGAACGCUGGCAUCCCUCGCGAGGGUCACCCAUACCCCCCACAGGGAAGGAGCCAGUGACUCAGGCCCCAGCCUCCGAGGCUCUUCGCUUGAGUCCUAGGGAAUCUGUGCAGACCAUGACCACCACCCCGACAUCCCAGGUGACCCCAGUGGCCCCUGCUGGCCAGAGCGUCGCCCCGGAGCCCUUCCCACCUGUGCGGUGCAGCCCGGGCCAGGUGCCCUGUGAGGUGCUGGGCUGCGUGGAGCAGGGGCAGCUGUGUGACAGCAGGGAGGACUGUCUGGACGGCUCCGAUGAGAGGCACUGUGCGAGCCCUGUGCCCUUCACAGUGCCCACCACGGCCCUGCCUGGGCUGCUGGCCUCACGAGCCCCCUGCUCCCCGAGCCAGCUGAGCUGUGGAAGUGGGGAGUGCCUGCCGGCUGAGCGGCGCUGUGACCUGCGGCCAGACUGCCAGGACGGCUCUGACGAGGACGGCUGUGUGGACUGUGGGCUGGCGCCCUGGUCUGGCUGGAGCAGCUGCAGCCGCACCUGUGGGCCCGGCCUCGCCUUCCAGCGCCGGGACCUGCUGCGCCCUCCCCUGCCUGGGGGCAGCUGCCUGUCUGACAGGCUCCGCAGCCAGUCCUGCUUCGUGCAGGCCUGCCCAGUGGCCGGGGCGUGGGCUGUGUGGGGGGCCUGGGGGCCCUGCAGCGUCUCCUGUGGGGGUGGCCAUCGGAGUCGUCAGAGGAGUUGUGUGGACCCCCCGCCCAAGAAUGGUGGUGCUCCCUGCCCCGGGGCCUCCCACGAGGGGGCACCCUGUGCCCUGCAGCCCUGCACAGGGGACACAGACUGUGGGCUGGGCCGGAUACAUAUCAGCACUGAGCUGUGCCAGAAGGGGCUAGUGCCCCCGUGUCCACCCUCCUGCUUGGAUCCUGAGGCCAACAGAAGCUGCAGUGGACACUGCCUGGAGGGAUGCCGCUGCCCCCCCGGGCUCCUCCUCCAUGAUGCUCACUGCCUGCCUCUCUCCGAGUGUCCUUGCCUCGUGGGUGAAGAGCUGAAGCCGCCAGGGGUGCCCUUCCUCCUGGACAACUGCAGCCGCUGCACGUGUGAGAAGGGGGCCCUGCUGUGUGAACCAGGGGGCUGCCCCGUGCCCUGUGGCUGGUCAGCCUGGUCCUCCUGGGGUCCCUGUGACCGCUCCUGUGGCUCUGGAGUGAGGGCCAGGUUCAGAUCCCCUUCCAACCCUCCGGCUGCUUCCGGGGGCGCCCCGUGUGAAGGCGACAGGCAGGAGCUUCAGGCCUGCCACGUGGAGUGCGGGACAGAGGCGCCGGGCUGGACCCCCUGGACGCCCUGGUCCCCCUGUUCCCGGAGCUGCCUUACCGUUGGAGGAGGCCCUGGGUGGCGCAGUCGUUCCCGGCUCUGCCCCAGCCCUGGGGACACAUCCUGCCCAGGAAAGGCCACCCAGGAGGAGCCCUGCAGCCCCCCUGUGUGCCCAGUGCCAAGCUCCUGGGGUCUGUGGGCUCCCUGGUCUGCCUGCUCAGCCCCCUGUGAUGGAGGCAUCCAGAGACGUGGGCGCAGCUGCUCUGGCUCCACCCCCGGGGACCCCGAGUGCCAGGGACCUCACAGCCAGACCAGGGACUGCAACACGCAGCCCUGCACAGCCCAAUGCCCAGGGGACAUGGUGUUCCGCUCAGCAGAGCAGUGCCAGCAGGACGGGGGCCCCUGCCCUCAGCUGUGCCUGGCUCAGGACCCUGGGGUAGAGUGCACCAGCUUCUGCGCCCCUGGCUGUGCCUGCCCCCCUGGCCUCUUCCUGCACGAUGCCAGAUGCUUGCCCCGCAGUCGAUGCCCCUGCCAGCGGCACGGGCAGCUCUACGCCCCGGGAGCACGGGCUCAGGUGGAUUCCUGCAACAACUGCACCUGUGUCUCCGGUGAGAUGGUGUGCACCUCAGAGCCCUGCCCAGUGGCCUGUGGCUGGAGCCCCUGGACCCCAUGGAGUCCCUGCAGCCGCAGCUGUGACGUGGGCGUUCGGCGGCGCUUCCGGGCAGGCACUGCACCCCCAGCUGCCUUCGGGGGUGCUGCGUGCCAGGGUCCCAGCAUGGAGGCUGAGUUCUGCAGCCUGCGGCCAUGUCGGGGUCCUGGCGGGGAGUGGGGCCCCUGGUCUCCGUGCUCCGUGCCCUGUGGCGGCGGUUACCGGAACCGCACCCGAGACGGUGGCCUGCACGGCCGUGUGGACUUCUCUGCCUGCGGGCUGCAGCCCUGUGCAGGGCCCGUGCCUGGUGUGUGUCCCAGGGGCAAGCGGUGGCUGGACUGUGCCCAGGGCCCUGCCUCCUGUGCGGAGCUCAGUGCCCUGCAAGGGACUGACCAGACCUGCCACCCCGGCUGUUACUGCCCAUCCGGGAUGCUCCUGCUGAACAACGUGUGUGUGCCCUCCCAGGACUGCCCCUGUGCCCAUGGGGGGCGCCUUUAUCCCCCGGGCAGUGUGGUGCUUCGUCUGUGCGAGAACUGCUCCUGUGUUUCUGGGCUUAUCACGCACUGCACCUCCUGGCCCUGUGAGGAGGGUCAGCCCAGGUGGUCACCCUGGACCCCAUGGAGUGAGUGCUCAGCCUCCUGUGGCCCUGCCCGACGCCACCGGCACCGCUUCUGCUCCGAGCCCCCCACCACGGACCCGUCCAUUCCAACACUGCCAUCCCCACCAACACUGCCUACCCCUCUUUGCCCCGGCCCCGACGCUGAGGAGGAGCCCUGCCUCCUGCCAGGGUGUGACCGAGCUGGAGGCUGGGGUCCUUGGGGGCCCUGGUCUGGCUGUAGCCGGAGCUGUGGGGGAGGCUUGCGGAGCCGGAUGCGAGCCUGUGACCAGCCCCCACCCCAGGGCCUGGGGGAUUACUGCGAGGGGCCUCAGGCCCAGGGAGAGGCCUGCCAGGCUCUGCCAUGCCCAGUGACCAACUGCACCGCCGUUCAAGGGGCAGAGUACAGCCCGUGUGGCCCUGCCUGUCCUCGCUCCUGUGACGACCUCGUGCACUGCAUGUGGCGCUGCCAGCCCGGCUGCUACUGCCCUCCAGGCCAGGUGCUGAGUGCCGACGGGGCCUUCUGCGUGCAGCCCAGCCACUGUGGCUGCCUGGACCUGCUGAGCGGGGAGCGGCACCGGCCAGGGGCUCGGCUGCCCAGGCCUGAUGGCUGCAACUACUGCACCUGCUUGGAGGGGAGGCUGAACUGCACAGACCUGCCUUGCCCAGUGCCAGGUGGCUGGUGUCCGUGGUCGGAGUGGACAGCGUGCUCCCAGCCCUGCAGGGGUCAGACGAGGACCCGCUCCAGGGCCUGCACCUGCCCCGCCCCUCAGCACGGGGGGACCCCAUGCCCCGGUAAAGCAGGGGAUGCAGGGGCCCAGCAUCAGAAGGAGACCUGCCCCAGCUCCCCCGAGUGCCCAGUGGAUGGAGCCUGGAGCCCGUGGGGACUGUGGUCUCCCUGUGACCCGUGCCUGGGGCAGUCCCAUCGGAACCGGGAGUGUAUCUGGCCCCCCACCCCUGAGGGAGGCAGGCCCUGCCCUGGGGGCUACAGGCAGAGUCGGCCCUGCCAGGACAAUUCCACGCAAUGCCCAGACUGUGGGGGUGGCCAGGGUCUUCUUCCCUGUGGGUGGCCCUGUCCCCGCUCCUGCCAGGACCUGUCUCCUGGGAGCGUGUGCCAGCCAGGCCCGACAAGCUGCCAGCCCAGUUGUGGAUGCCCCCCCGGCCUGCUGUCCCAGGAUGGCCUUUGUGUGCCUCCCGUCCGCUGCCGCUGCCACUACCAGCCCAGAGCCAUGGGGAUUCCUGAGAAUGAGAGCCGGUCAGCAGGGCCAGGGCUCAGCUCCUGGGAGAGCCUGGAACCUGGAGAGGUGGUUACUGGGCCCUGUGACAACUGCACCUGUACAGAGGGCAUCCUGCAGUGCCAGGAGGUGCCUGGCUGCCCUGGCCCUGGGGUUUGGGGUACCUGGGGCCCCUGGGAAGACUGCAGCGUCUCAUGUGGAGGAGGGGAGCAACUCCGCACCCGGAGAUGUGCCCGCCCCCCCUGCCCUGGGCCUGCCCGCCAGAGCCGCACCUGCCACACCCAGGUCUGCAGAGAGGCAGGCUGCCCGGCUGGACGUCUGUACCGGGAGUGCCCGCCCAGCGACGUGUGCCCCUUCUCCUGCACCCACAUCACUCGGCAGGUGGCCUGCUUCUCCGAUGGCUGUGAGGAGGGCUGCCACUGCCCCGUGGGCACCUUCCAGCACCGCCUGUCCUGUGUCCAGGAGUGCCCCUGCGUGCUGACAGCCUCACUGCUGCAGGAGCUGGGAGCUGCCAGCGCUGACCCUGGGGCUUGGCCCCCCAUUCUGGGACAGGGUGGUCAGCCCCUUGGGCCUGGGGAUGAGUUGGGCUCAGGCCAGAGCCUUCAUACAGACUGCAGGAACUGCUCCUGUGUGCAUGGGCAGCUGUCUUGCUCAGUGGGGGACUGCUCCAAGGCUGCUGAUGGCUUCAGUCCCUGGGGGCCAUGGGGCCCAUGCUCCCGCUCUUGUGGUGGGCUGGGUACCCGAACCCGCAGCCGCCAGUGUGUGCGGCCGUCCCCCGCUCCAGGCAGCCAGGGCUGCGGAGGGCCCAGCCAGGACCUCAAGUACUGCUCCAGCCCAGACUGCCGAGGGGCUGGAGGGUCCACAGUGGAGCCAGUGACAAGCCUUCCAGUUGGCUGGGGACCAUGGUCCCCAUGGUCGCCCUGUUCUCACACCUGCACAGACCCCACCCACCCUGCUUGGCGCAGCCGCACUCGCCUCUGUCUAGCAAACUGCACCGGGGGGGACGCGUCACAGGAGCGCCCUUGCAACCUGCCCUCCUGCACAGAGCUGCCCCUGUGCCCCAGCCCUGGCUGUGUGGCUGGGAACUGUUCCUGGACCGCCUGGGCCCCGUGGGAACCUUGCUCCCGAAGCUGUGGCGUGGGCCAGCAGCGCCGCCUGCGGGCCUACCGUCCGCCAGGACCCGGCGGGCACUGGUGUCCCGACAUCCUUACCGCUUACCAGGAGCGCCGCUUCUGCAACCUGCGGGCUUGCCCAGUGCCUGGAGGCUGGUCACGCUGGAGUCCCUGGUCCUGGUGUGACCGGAGCUGUGGGGGGGGCCGAUCCCUGAGGAGCCGCAGCUGCUCAAGCCCCCCACCCAAGAACGGGGGUGCCCCCUGUGUGGGGGAGAGGCACCAUGUUCGGCUCUGCAAUCCCUUGCCCUGUGAGGAGGGCUGCCCAGCAGGCAUGAAGAUGGUCAGCUGUGCCAACCGCUGCCCCCGCCGCUGCUCAGACCUCCAGGAGGGGAUCGUGUGUCAGGAUGGCCAGGGCUGCCAGGCGGGCUGCCGCUGCUCUGAGGGCUUCCUGGAGCAGGUUGGUGGCUGCGUGCCGAUUGGGCACUGCGAGUGUACAGACGCCCAGGGCCAGAGCUGGGCCCCGGGCAGCCAGCACCAGGAGGCCUGCAACACCUGCACCUGCGAGGCUGGGCAGCUCUCCUGCACAGCUCAGCCCUGCCCAGCGCCUGCCCACUGCGCCUGGAGCCGCUGGUCAGCCUGGAGUCCCUGCAGCAGCUCGUGUGGUCCCGAGGGGCAGCAGAGCCGCUUUCGGUCCUCCACAUCGGGCUCGUGGGCCCCAGAGUGUCGGGAAGAGCAGUCGCAGAGCCAGCCCUGCCCUCAGCCCCCGUGCCCACCCCUGUGCCUGCACAGUGCCCGCCUCCACACCCUGGGGGACAGCUGGCUGCAGGGCGGGUGCCAGCAGUGCUCCUGCACCCCGGAGGGCAUCGUAUGUGAAGACAUCGAGUGUGCAGUACCCGGGGCCUGGACGCUCUGGUCCCCCUGGUCUGAAUGCCCUGUCUCCUGUGGAGGUGGAAACCAGGUUCGCACCCGGGUCUGCAUGGCCUCGGCCCCUGACCACAGGGAGGGCCCCUGCCUGGGCCCUGGCACCCAGACCCAGCGCUGUGGAUGGCAGCCUUGCCUGGGGCUGCUGGAGGCCUGCUCCUGGGGCCCGUGGGGGCCCUGUUCCCGCAGCUGCGGCCCAGGCCUGGCCUCCCGCUCUGGGUCCUGCCCCUGCCCACUGGCUGAAGUCAACCCCACCUGCAAUGGCACCUUCCUCCACCUGGACACCCAGGCCUGCUACCCAGGGCCCUGCCUAGAGGAGUGUGUGUGGAGUAGCUGGAGCAGCUGGACACGAUGCUCGUGCCAGGUGCUGGUCCAGCAGCGCUACCGGCACCAGCACCCAGCAUCCGGAGCUGGAGGGGCCGGGGCAGGCUCUCCCUGCACGCGACUGGACGGCCACUUCCGGCCCUGCCCCAUCGGCAACUGCUCGGAGGACAGCUGCACACCUCCCUUUGAGUUCCAGGCCUGUGGGUCCCCCUGUGCCGGGCUCUGCGCCACACACCUGAGCCAUCAGCUCUGCCAGGACCGGCCGCCCUGCCAGCCUGGCUGCUACUGCCCUGCGGGGCUGCUGGAGCAGGCCGGGGGCUGCAUUCCCCCAGAGCAGUGUAGCUGCCUGCACCUCACAGAAGAGGGAGCCAGGGUGACCCUGGCCCCCGGGGACCGCCUGCACCUGGGCUGCAAAGAGUGUGAAUGCCAGCGUGGGGAGCUGCAGUGCACCAGCCAGGGCUGUCAAGGUUUUCUGCCUCUGAGUGGGUGGUCCGAAUGGUCACCCUGUGGGCCCUGCCUGCCCCCUGGCGUGCUGGCCCCUGCCUCCAGGACUGCCCUAGAGGAGCGCUGGUCUCAGCACCCCACUGGCCUCUCCCCGACUUUGGCCCCCUCGCUGGCUUCGGAGCAGCACCGCCAUCGCCUCUGUUUGGACCCUGAGACGGGGAGGCCAUGGGCUGGGGACCCAGACCUCUGCACCGCACCACUCAGCCAGCAGCGCCUCUGUCCGGACCCUGGGGCCUGCCAUGACUUAUGCCAGUGGAGUCCUUGGGGGCCUUGGAGCCCCUGCCAGGUGCCCUGCAGUGGGGGUUUCCGGCUACGCUGGAGAAAGGCAGGGGGCCCCCCUGGAGGGGGCUGCCAGGGGCCAUGGGCUCAGACUGAGAGCUGCAACGUGGGGCCCUGCCCAGGGGAGAGCUGCGAAGCCCGGGACACUGUGCCCACCCUUGACUGUGCCAACCGAUGCCCCAGAAGCUGCGCUGACCUCUGGGACCGUGUACAGUGUCUGCAGGGACCGUGCCGCCCAGGCUGCCGCUGCCCACCUGGCCAACUGAUACAGGAUGGGCACUGUGUGCCCAUCUCCUCCUGCCGCUGUGGCCUUCCCAGCCCCAAUGCCUCAUGGGUGGUGGCCCCAGCCGAGGUGGCACAGCUGGACUGCAAAAACUGCACCUGUAUCAACGGGUCCCUGAUGUGCCCACACCACGAGUGCCCGGUCCGUGGGCCCUGGUCGGCGUGGAGCAGCUGCUCUGCUCCCUGUGGCGGGGGCACUAUGGAGCGACAUCGGAGCUGUGAGGAGGGUCCUGCGGGGGUACCAUGCCAGGCCCGGGACACAGAGCAACGGCAGGAAUGUAACCUGCAGCCCUGCCCUGACUGCCUACCUGGCCAGGUGCUCAGAGCCUGUGCCUCCACGUGCCCGCGCCUCUGCUCGCACCUGCAGCCUGGCGCCCUCUGUGAACAGGAACCCUGCCAGCUGGGCUGUGGCUGCCCUGGACAGCAGCUGCUGCACAAUGGCACGUGUGUGCCCCCCGCUGAGUGCCCCUGCACCCAGAUCUCUCUGCCGUGGGGGCUGACCUUGCCCCUUGAAGAGCAGGCCCGGGAGCUUCCCGCGGGGACUGUGCUCACCUGGAACUGUACCCGCUGUGUCUGCCAAGAUGGAGCCUUCAACUGCUCCCUAGCCGACUGUCAUGAGUGCCCCUCCGGGGAAAUGUGGCAGCAGGUGCCCCCUGGGAAGCUGGGGCCGUGUGAGCGGACGUGCCGGGAGCCCAACGCCACGGAGACUUGGGGCAACUGCAGUGCGGGGCCGGCCCCGGGCUGCGUGUGCCAGCACGGGCACUUGCGCAACCAGGCGGGCCUCUGCGUGCCCGCACACCACUGCGAGUGCUGGCACCAUGGGCGUCUCCACCCGCCCGGAUCCGAAUGGCAGGAGGCCUGUGAGAGCUGCCGCUGCCUCCGUGGGAGAAGUGUCUGCACCCAGCACUGCGCCCCCCUCACCUGUGCCCAGGGCGAGGUGAUCAUGCAGGAACCAGGGAGCUGCUGUCCCACUUGCCGCCAAGAGACUCUGGAGGAGCAGCCAGCCUCCUGCCAGCAUCUCACUGAGCUGCGCAACCUCACCAAGGGCCCCUGCUACCUGGAGCAGGUAGAAGUGAGCUACUGCAGUGGGCACUGCCCAUCCAGCACCAACGUCAUGCCUGAGGAGCCGUACCUGCAGAGCCAGUGCGGCUGCUGUAGCUACAGCCUGGACCCCGACAGCCCGGUGCGGAUCCUGACCCUGCGCUGUCCCGGCGGCCGCACGGAGCCGGUGGUGCUGCCGGCCAUCCGCAGCUGCCAGUGCAGCGCCUGCUUGGGAGGUGAUUUCUCAAAGCACUGAGGGCUCCGCUGCCCUGAGGCUGCCUCCAGCCCUCCUGCGAUCACCAGGCUCAGAGGCACUGGCCCUCUCCUCCCGCGCAGACCCACCCACUCCACGCCCUGGUACCAGCAUCUCCCAAAUAAAGUGACAUUGG